AAUCCCCUCCCACCUCUCCUCCACCAUGGACGUCAGCACCACCGUGAUGAAUCGACCAACGCCGCCGUUCCCCUCCCCUCGUCGGACCGUUGCUUUCUCUCCAAUCGAGUUCAUCCUCGCCCUCGUCGCUGUCAUCAUCAUCCCUGCUCUUGUCUACUCCUUCUUCAUCGCCAUCAAGUGUUCCCCCAAUCUCCUCCGCCUCUGGCCGCGGAGAUCCGCCAGGCUAUCCGGCACCGCCGUCACCGUGGUGGCUGUGAAUCGUAUUUCUAAUGACGUGGCGGCGGCUGUUAAGUACAACAAGGACGAGCACGGUAAGGAAGUCGGCAACGAGUGUCCUGUGUGCCUAUCGGCGUUCGUCGACGGCGAGAAGGUCCGGCAACUCGCCGCCUGUAAACACUCUUUUCAUGUAGAUUGCAUCGAUAUGUGGCUCUAUUCUCACCCCAAUUGCCCUGUUUGUCGCGCCACCGUCGCCAUCGCCGUUAAACGGCCGAUUAACAACCGAGCACCGCCGCGACCAGCGGCUUCUAGGAACGACGAUUACCAGCAAGGUCUGCCGGAUGCCGGCAAUUUAGUUUGAAAAAUCUUCUUCUUCUUUCGACGUAGAGAGGUCCGAUUGCUGCAAAAUCGAACCACAUAGAAAAUUAUUUCCAGAACUCGUCUCGAUUUCGUGAAAUUUUGUAGAAAAAUUCCAAUUAAAUGGGUCCCCAUUUCAUAUAAUUUUGAAAUUUGGAUUGAAUUUGAUUCAAUCCAAAUCGCAAAAGGCUGUUUUUCUUGGUGUUACACGUGUUGAUAUUAUAUAUCAUUUUCCACUUUAGCUUUAAUUAA